GCCUGCAUUAGCUGUGCCGCAACAAGCGCAACAGAAGAAGAAGAAGAAAGAACUUCCGGAGGUCAUAGGUGAUCUUCGUAUUUGAAAACAUGGAUCCAAACAACGUGAAUGAAGCAUCGGACAAGAUGAGUGAUGAUGGAGAAAUGGCAUCUGUCAUGGGAUUCUCUGGGUUUGGUAAGAAGGCCCGCACAUUUGACCUGGAUGCCAUUUUUGAACAGACCCGUCGAACAGCCAUUGAGAGGAGUCAGCGUGCAUUAGAGAGGAAGCAGAAGGAUGAUCAGAUGGAGGAGGAAGAAGGGGAAAGCUCCAAAUCAGUCAAGUCAUCAGUACACACUCAGAGAGACAAAGCUGCGACUGCUACUUCCAGAAAACAGGAGAGUGAGAGCAGCAGUGACAGUGGUUCAGAUUCAGACUCAGAAUCAGAGCUUAUUGGACCUCCGCUGCCUCCUCAAUAUACAGCUCAGGACGACGAUGAGCAUGUGCGUCUGCCUCGCCUACCAGGCAACGCGGCUCACAGUGAUGAAGAUGAUGAUGAUGAAGGGGAGACACAAGAUGACGACGAUGAUGAUGAUGAUAAUCCAGUGAAGAAGAUUCCAGACACUCAUGAGAUUACCCUGCAGCACGGCACCAAGACAGUAUCAGCUCUUGCCUUAGACCCCUCUGGAGCUCGUCUGGUGACUGGUGGGUAUGAUUAUGAUGUGCGGUUCUGGGAUUUUGCUGGAAUGGACCAGGCUCUGCAGGCUUUCAGAUCCCUCCAGCCCUGUGAGUGCCAUCAGAUCAAGUCCCUGCAGUACAGCAACACUGGUGAUGUCAUCUUGGUGGUUUCUGGCAAUGCACAGGCCAAGGUGUUGGACCGUGAUGGCUUCAAUGUCAUGGAGUGUGUGAAGGGAGACCAGUACAUUGUGGAUAUGGCCAAAACCAAGGGCCACACAGCUAUGCUGAAUUCUGGCUGCUGGCAUCCCAAGAUUAAAGAAGAGUUCAUGACCUGCUCCAAUGAUGGCACUGUGCGUACAUGGGACCUGAGCUCAGAGAAGAAGCACAAGUCUGUGUUCAAACCGCGUUCCUUCCAGGGGAAGAAGGUCAUCCCCACAUGCUGCACCUACAGCCGCGAUGGGAAGCUCAUUGCAGCAGGCUGCCAGGAUGGCACCAUCCAGAUAUGGGACAGAAACCUCAGCGUCCAUACAAAGUUCCACUGUCGGCAAGCACACAUUCCAGGAUCAGACACCUCUUGCCUCUCCUUUUCGUAUGAUGGCAUGACUCUCGCUUCACGUGGAGGUGAUGACACUCUGAAGAUGUGGGAUAUACGUAACUUCAGGAAUCCGGUGAAUGUCGCUACUGGACUGACCAACUACUUUACAAUGACUGACUGCUGUUUUAGCCCAGAUGACAAACUUCUUGUAACGGGGACCUCUGUGAAGAAAGAUGAGGGAAAUGGGAAGUUGGUUUUCUUUGAGCGAGCUUCCUUUCAGAAGGUCUAUGAAAUAGAAGUCACCAAUGCAAGCGUCGUACGCUGCCUGUGGCACCCAAAACUUAACCAGAUAAUGGUGGGAACUGGGAAUGGACUGUCCAAGGUCUACUAUGACCCUGUUAAAAGCCACAGAGGGGCUAAGCUGUGUGUAGUGAAGAGUCAGCGGAAAGAGAGACAAGCAGAGACGCUAACACAAGAUUACAUCAUCACACCUCAUGCCUUACCCAUGUUCAGAGAGGCCCGGCAGCGGAGUACACGAAAACAGCUGGAGAAGGACCGACUUGACCCAAAGAAAUCCCACAAACCCGAGCCACCUGUGUCUGGACCAGGUCGUGGAGGAAGAGUAGCAGCUCAUGGUGGCACUCUGUCUUCAUUCAUUGUGAAGAAUAUUGCUUUAGAUAAAACCGAUGACAGUAACCCACGGCAAGCCAUCCUCCGUCACGCCAAGGAAGCUUCAGAAAACCCUUACUGGGUUGCUCCGGCAUACACACAGACCCAGCCAGAGCCUGUGUUUGCAGAGGAAUCAGAGGAGGAUGAGGAAGCUGACAAGGAACCGGAGUGGAAGAAACGCAAGAUCUGAGGUGCCUCAACUGCAGCUCAUCCUGUAUAUAUAGUUCUCAGGAUCAAUCCCAAAACACUGAGUUAUUAUCAGAAAAUGUGCAUAGGAGCAUCAAUUAAGUUACUAAAGUGGAUAGUCCUGUCCUCCCUCUCGUAAUGUUUGCAUAUAUGUAUUUAUGUGCAUGCUUCUGUGUUAAGGGGUAGCACAUAAAUGUGCAUGCAUUUUUACUUUGCAAGCAUAAUAUAGUUUUAUACAUAAAACUGUUCCUCUCAUUACAAUUCAUCAACCCCUGGAAGAAAUUGGCUUUUUACGUCUGUUUUGGUUAUAUGGAUUUUAUUUUCAUCAUUUGCAUUGUCCUCUCCUCCCACAUCUCCAGAGUUUGCUAAUGCCUCAUAAAUUGUCUCCAGAUUGUGUGGUCUGGUUGUGUUCAUUAACUAUGAAGAGCAGUUUUUUUUGUAAAAAGUAAAUUGCAAAGACGUACACAGACUUGCAGCCAAUUCUAUUCUUUUUUAAGGGUUUACGCUUUUUAAAGCUGUGCAGUUUUGUUGGAUGUUAAAUGCAAAACUUCAAUCAGACAUCUGCUAAUUUAGAUUUUUUCCGACAUGCUGUAUUUCACCUCAAGACCUCUUGUCAAAUAGUGAUUUAUUUAACCCAAAGUGAAGUUAUAGAUCUGCUUUUACCAGCUGUUCAAAGGAAUUAUUCUGGCAAAUAUGUUUUUAUGAGGCACUGGCUUUAACCUGCAGAUAUGCAAUACACCCACUUCUGGCCAAGCCGGCGUUUUGACUCACUGCUUUUAAUAAAGGUUUGACAGACUACUUUUUUCAGUUAUUAAAUUGGUAAACUUUACUGCAAGUGCUGCAAUUUCUAAUAUUGAUGAAUAAAUAAGAAAUUAUUUAUAUUUAAAAUCUUAAUGUUAAGGUUCACUUCCUAGCUGUCUCUGUAGUUUUUAAUGUCAUCCCUCAAUCUUUGUCAGCAAAUUGAAGUUAAUGAAGACUAUGAUAUGCAACCCUGACUUAAACAUGAACUUUCAAGCCCAAGUACCAAAUUGCGUUGUAUUUCUAGGUGCUCAAAUUGCUUUCAUGCCUCAAUUUUUAAGAUAAAACUUAGUUGUGACACAAACA